AGCUGAAGCGAACAGGCCCGUGGUCAGCUGGAGUUGGUUUGGAGGGGGGAUGGUGGGUGAACUGAAGGUGAUGAUGGUCUUGUAGGUCACAAUGAGUGGGGUGUGGCGGUCACAUGGCUCUGCCUGUCCAAUUUGGUACCAGUGUAGUGCAAAGAGCAGGCAGGCUAGCAGUUGCAUAAUGCACGCAUGUUCUUCGCACAUCAGUGCCUUUGCUGAUAGCAUUUCAUCUCAUUUGAUGAUUCCAUUUUGCUUUUGCUGGCCUUUUCUUUUUUGCUAGGAGCUAAUGGCGACAUCUAUACAACCUUAUUUUGUUCAUAUAAACAUAGUUAUGCUUGUCAAAUUUGUCAAGAACGUUGUGCGACUCAGACUGCUGCGCUGCUGCCGUUGACCAUCAGCAGCACUAUGUCAAAUUUGACAAAGCUGCUUGUCAAGAACUACUAUUAGAUGCUCAUCCCUGUUGCUUCAGAUGACGAGACUGCUUUGCCGUUGAUGAGCAUCUUGAUCUGAUGGUGCUGCAUAUUUACAAAAUAUGGCCAUCUCCUUUUCUUUUUGGCACAUAAGCAUGGUUAUGCUUACAAAAUUUGCCUGGGUUUUUAUUUGAUUGGCGUGAUUUUUGUUCAUAGCAACAGGAAGGCAAAGAUGCUUUAGCACCUCAUCACCCCCCAACACCAAUGCUUCCUGGAAUCACCAACUUUCUGCACGCGUUGCAUCGUGCUUCCCCAGCCUUGCUCUGUUGAGUUUUCUGGUCAUACCAUCAGCUUUGUUCUCGGCCUUAUCCGCGCAGCAUCCGCUCUUCUCCAGCCCCGCCUCCGCCGCCGCUCGUCGCGACAGCCGACAGCCCUGCCCCGCCGCCCCUGCGCUGCUACGCUCCAUUCUAGCCGCCUCCGUGGCUUUGGCCCCUCUCGCGGCUGUGGGGCCUCGGCAUCCUCGCCACAGUUUGGUGGAGUUCAGCUCGGCCUUCGGCAUCAGCACCUUUCCCCCAAAAUGGCCGUGUGGCCGGCCUCCCUCCUCAUCGCCGUUCUCUCGUUCUGCGAGGCAGUACGGGCCAUCAGGACGCACGGCGGCGGCGGCGGCUAUGUCUCCGCGGUCGGGGACCCCGGCAUGCGGCGCGACGGCCUCCGCGUGGCCUGGGAGGCCUGGAACUUUUGCAACGAGGUCGGCCAGGAGGCCCCCGGCAUGGGCAGCCCCCGCGGCGCCGACUGCUUCGAUCUCGAGACUAGCGCUGGCGAGCACGGCCAGCCGGUGUACGAGGUGGUGCACCGGGUGACCGACGCCGACAACGACCUCCGCGCGGGCAACCCGUUCCCGGGGGCGCCGGCGAACGCGACCGUCACCGACGUCGACCGCUACGCGGCGGCCAAGGAGCUCUACCUCGGUGGCCUGUGCCAGGUGCCUGACAACCCUGCGCCGUGGCAGUUCUGGAUGGUCAUGCUCAAGAACGGCAACCUCGACACCACCGCGGCCAUCUGCCCGGAGAACGGCCGCCGGGCACGCCCGUUCCCGCAGACUUCCCGGUUCCCCUGCCCGGGGGGCGCCGGCCGGUGCAUGAACCAGCCGCUGGUGUUCCAUAACCGCACCGCGCUCGACGACGCCGGCCGGUGGCUGCGCGGCGGUCUCUUCGGCACCUACGAGCUGGACGCCGCGGAUCCCGGCAGCGGCGACGUGUCCUACUACUCCGUCACGUGGGAGAAGGAGGUGGCGGCGAGCGCCGGCGCCGGCGGGUGGGCGUUCCACCACAAGCUGCGGACGUCAAACGAGUACCCGUGGCUGAUGCUGUACCUGCGCUCCGACGCCACCAGGGGAUUCUCCGGCGGCUACCACUACGACACCAGGGGCAUGACCAAACAGGUGCCGGAAUCGCCGGACUUCAAGGUGCGCGUGACGCUGGAGGUGAAGCAGGGCGGCGGUCCCAACAGCCAGUUCUACCUGAUGGACAUGGGCAGCUGCUGGAAGAACGACGGCCGGCCGUGCGACGGCGACGCCGCGACGGACGUGACGCGGUACAGCGAGAUGAUCAUCAACCCGGAGACGCCGGCGUGGUGCCGGCCGUCGAGGAUCGACCAGUGCCCGCCGUGGCACACCUUCCGGAACGGCACCCGCGUGCACCGCACCGACGCCGCCCGCUUCCCCUACGGCGCGUACCACGUCUACUGCUCCCCCGGGAACGCGCGGCGCGCCGAGCAGCCCACCACCUACUGCGACGCCUACAGCAACCCGCAGCCGCAGGAGAUCCUGCAGCUCCUGCCACACCCGGUGUGGGGCGAGUUCGGCUACCCCACGGCCAAGGGGCAGGGCUGGGUCGGCGACCCCAGGGCCUGGGAGCUCGACGUCGGCGCCCUGUCCCAGGCGCUCUACUUCUACCAGGACCCGGGCACGCCGGCGGCCAGGAGGCGGUGGACGUCGCUCGACGUGGGCACGGAGAUAUACGUCAGCGAGAACGCCGAGGCCGAGUGGACGCUCAGCGGGUUCGAUAUCCUUGUUCCGGACACUUGCAUCAAGUCGCAGCAAGAAGGAACCGCCGGCAACAGUUGCUGGUAGAGUAGUUGAUCAAAGGGAACAUCACGCUCGUGUCAACAAUUCUGAUUGAAACUUGUAACAAAAAAAUGCUAACAAGGAAGACAUAUGGACAGUAGUACUGCAAAAUAAAAGAGUUCAUCGAUAGUAAUUAGACAGCAGAAAUUUUAGCUGUUGCCUUCUUUUUUAUGGAGAUAUCGAUACAAGGAACAUCACAUGGCCUCCGCCUGUCCAAUUUGGUACCAGUGUAGUGCCAAGAGCAGGCAGGCUAGCAGAUGCAUAAUGCACGCAUGUUCUUCGCGUA